AUGACGGUGCAAUUCCUCAUGGAGCCCAAUCAAGUUCCGUCAUUGUGUCCUUGCCAUGAAGAUACCUUUGCCCAGCAGGUUGGCAUCGAACAGGCCACGGCGAACGGCAUCGUGUCGCGUUCUAUGAGAAUUCGAAGCGUAUGCCAGCGCUAUGCGUCCUGCGAGGAGCUACACAGGCCAACCAAUGGCUUGGGCAUCAACCUACCGACGCCCGGGAACAAGAGCACGUACUGCGUUCCAGAGCAGUGCCCCAUCUUCAUCGACAGAGCACGAUCAUUCGCCUUCUGCUUCAUAUCAAAGGUGGCUUCUACUAGCAUGAAGACUCUCUUUCGCGACCUGCUAAGCAUAAAGGCCAACACUUCCAAUGACAGCAUGACAACCUGGGACAAGCUACACCGAGCCUUCCACCGUCAGACUUACCGGGUUGGUCCACGCACUCUGUUCAUGCAGAACGGUGGGAGAAGCUACUUCAAGGCCCUCUUCGUACGGCACCCGUUUGACAGGCUCGUCUCGGCGUACAUCGACAAGGCACUCAGGCCCCGUUCAGAGGUGAAAUGGUUCUACGAAGUGUACUGGGAGAAGAUACCGGGAGUCAAAGCCGAGAACCGCACGCCGACUUUCUCCGAGUUCGUCGACUUCAUACUCGGCACGCCCGUUCGCGAAUGGGACGAACACUGGUCGCCGUACUACUCGCGCUGCCAGCCCUGCCUGCUGGACUACGACUUCGUCGGCAAACUGGAGACGGCCGACAGGGACUUCGCGCUACUGUUCUCCGAGAUCGGCAUCGACGGAACACGCUUCGGCCGCGUUCACGUGAGCCGCAGAAGCAGCACCGGUUGUUCAUUAGGAGCCAACUGCACUAGCCACAAUGACGGGUCUACGGCGGACUACUUCGCGACUCUCUCGCACGACCAAAUCGUGAGACUUUACUCGCGAUAUUUCUAUGACUUUGAGCUUUUCGGCUAUGACUUCAGGAGCUACCUCACGUGUGGAGGAGCUCAUCGCAAGUAACACUGAGUGAAAUAGCUGGUAAUGUUAACAUUGCAGGCUAAAAAAUUACUCAUUGCCCAACUCUAAGCAAGAUCCCAGAGACAAUGUUCGCAGGUUAUCGGAAGGUGAAGAGGGCUCAUGUGUGACAGCGCGCAGUCAGCGACGUGUUCAUAUGUUUCAUAUUGUACAGGCAUUUCAGUGAAGAAGGUACAGAACACAAUAAUGACAU